UAUACGAAGCUAGCAUUGUGGGGUAGAGCUGUAUGCCAGCAAUCCAUGUCUUCACCGCUCCGGCUAAGCGAGACAGGUGCAUCAUCGGGAGCGACUGACCGACUCGCGCCGGAUACACAGCAUUCGAUAUAGGCACGAGUACCCCUCCCAACGCGUUGCGCAUUCUUCUGAACGUGUACGCGACCCGUCUGAUGAUGACAGAGAGGAGAAGAAGACAGGCACGAGUCACGCAUAGCAUACCCGCAUCACUACCAUCUUCGUAGUCGUCGCCAGUGUCGCAUUCACAUGUCAUUGCCAAACGCACCCACAGACUAAUUGAUGGCGCCGCAAACACUCGACCAGAUUGUCAAAGGCGCACCGGCGCCGAGCACAAGCCUGAACAAGGUGGCCGAGAGCGUCGAGAGCGACCCGCCGCCGUACUCUGCGUCCAUCCUCCAAGACACACCCCACAAUGCCAACAACGACCGCCUGCCCACCAUCAAGACCCCGCGACCGCCCGUCCUUAGCGAUCCGACAUCCCUCCUCCCCUCGUCGCCGCCGCAAAUCUACCUGAAUCUCCUCAUACUCGAAGCCAGUCUUCGCAGCCAAUACCUCACCCUACGCGCCCGCCGGCGGCAGAACACUUUCGUCCUCACACUGUUGGCGGUAUGGAUAGGCUUUUGUUUCUACCUGUUGUGGUUGCGCCCACGAGAGGAUGGCAAGGGUAUUGGAGGUUCACAAUACUGGCUCGUUGAUAUGCUGCAGAAGGUUGGCUUCAUAACAGGCGUCGUCACCGCUCUGCUCUUCUGGGCGACUGGACAAUGGGAGAGAGGGGUUAGAUGGCCGCGCCGGUGGAUCGGCGUUGCAAAUCGAGGGCUCAGAGGCAUGAACGCCAAGAUUGUCGUCAUACGGGGGCCGUGGUGGAGAGAGCUGGUAGAAUGGGGUCACUUUGUCGUGCCUUUCUCUGGUGGGCUGUGGGGUGGGGAGCAGGGAGGCAGUUCCUACCACUUCAUCAACGUCGCGCAGGAAAACAAGCAUGCAUUAGACGGCGGCCGACCCCGCCAUCGCAUCGUGGAAGAUGGCAAGGAAUACGCCGAGGAAGACAUUGCACCGGGAGGCGACUACAUCAAGCUACUCCUCCUCCCGAAGCCCUUCACACCCGACUUCCGUCAAGAGUGGGAAGUCUACAGAAACGAAUACUGGGCCACGGAGAACGAGCGACGAGCUGAGCUGCGGAAACGCGUCCGCGCCAGACAACGUGAGAUUGCAAGAGAAGAAGGAGGAUGGCUAUGGUGGACCGGCUGGCGAGGCUGGAAGCGCGCACGCGGUCUCAGUGGACGAAGCGCCGACGUAGAAAAGAGUGGCCAUCACCAUGGUCACAGCCAUAGCCUCUCGCAUACAGGCUCACGGAAGCGACGACAAAGUUUACUGCAAAACCCAAGAGGAAGGGACGGGUCGCAUUCCCGUAGCUCUUCGCGAAGCACAACGCCCACCCCCGACCUCGACAUGGACGGUCGUCUCCGGCCUGCCGAAAGCCGCGAGCGUCGAUGGAGUAACACGUCCACCAGUACAACCACGAGUCGCAAGUCAUCUCUCCGCUCUAACUCAACCAUCACACAGGGUAACGCGCAAUCGGCAAGACAACCGCCACAAAGAAGCAGCGUGGGGUCCCGACCUAGUACGCCUAGUGAGGGGAAUCUACCCUGGCAGAGUAAGAGAGCUAGCAUGCUGAGUAAUGCGUCGAGUAUGAGUGAGAUGGAGGAAGAUGGCGGGUAUGAGGCUGCGACUGAGGGGAGGGGUGAUAUGAGACCGCCGGUAAGGCCGGUCGGGAAGAGGAGGAGCAGUCGCGAGGGUGGUAGCAAUAGUAGUGGAAGGGCCGAGAGCGCUUGAUUAUGUUUUGAUCAUGAGGUGUUGGGGGAAGUGGCGGGUUGAUCGUUACGCAUCUAUGUUCUGGCCAUGUUUUACGAUACUUUGGUUUGGCGAUUCCAUGUUCAAAUAGCGAGUGUUUUACUACGAA